AUGGGUGAUUCAGACCCGUUCGUCAGUAACGGUACCUGUUGGUACAGGUACAGGAAUCCCUUGAAUGACAAUUUCAUUCCCUGCGGCAAUGUCGCGUUCGGCCAUGUCCACUGCUGCCAGAAAAGCGACGUUUGUCUUGAGCACGGCGCCUGCUACGAUGACGGUACCGGCACGACCUACCUAGCUGGCUGCACCGACCUCAUGUACCUGGAUGCCAGCUGCCCGAACAAAGACUCGCACUACGACCAGCCUUGGGCCGGCCUGAUCUACUGCGAGUUCGACCAUUGGGUGGCAUGCGAGGAAGAAGGCCAUCCGGCGACUGUGAGGCGGGGGGACAAUUGCACUUGUCCUUCUCCCGGCUCCGGAACAAUCGCCUUCACCGAGGGUGUUCCUAUCCCAUCCAUUGCGGUUAUGCCUGCCACCUCUGGAGGAUCGCUUGAGUGGUUUCCCGGCCAUCUCCCCACGGCGACGCUCACAAGCUCAGGCUCGCAUUCCCGAACGACCAGCCAUGCGUCGUCAAAAGUCCCCUCUACGGCUGGCGCCCUUCCAGAGCCGACUUCCACGAGCAACGACACCACCAACGAUGAUACCGGCAUCGGCAUUGGGUCUGCCAUUGGCGUGAUCCUCUUGUUUGGUGCCCUCUCGGCAUUGUGGAUGAUCUUUCGUCGUCGCAGGAAUGCGAAGAACAACGACCAGGAGAUCAACGUCAGCAAUGUUUCUCCCGAUGAAGACAACAUCUUUUCCGGCCCAGAUAUGACCGUUGUGGCGGCCGCUGCGGCCGGCCAGCCGUACCACCAAGGCGACAAAUCGUAUGGUGUGGCGGAGAUGCCGACGCCGGAGGCAUCAUCGCGCCCCGAGCACCCGGAUGUUACCACCGGGCAGUGGGUUUCGGGUCCUGGAUCACAUGGCGAGCCGACCACUCCUUUCAUGGUGGCAAGCUGGUAUGACCCUGCCCAGAGUCAGAAUCACGGCCUCGUCCACAGUCAGAGCCAAGGUCAAGGCUUUGUCCACAACCACAACCGGGGUCAUGGCCUGCCUAUUAGCCCCAGCCAGAGCUUGAGUAUUGCUCAUGAUGGAGCGAAUACCGGCCUUAAUGAUUCACACCGCCCGUCGUUCCAGUCUCACCAGAGCUACAAUCCUUCCGUUGCACAAGGACAGCAGGGUCAUCAAGGACAGCAGGGUCAUCAAGGACAGCAGGGUCAUCAAGGACAGCAGGAUCAUCAGGGACAUAUGGAACAGCAGGGACAGCAGGGACAGCCGGGACAGCCGGCCGUCAACUCAAGCCAAGCCUUUGCGUCGGAGCUGCCGGGUUAA